AUGGAUUCCGGCAAUUCCAGCCAUUUUCCUGCUCACAUUGUUGACAGAACUUCUGACGAGGAGGCCUGGAGCUACAACCCUCCAAAGCAUGGCAAUGGCGGUGCAUUCGAUCCACAAUCGAAGUGGGUGCAGGAAUGGAAUCGAGCUUUUCUUCUUGUGAGAGCUUCAGGACUCUUUGUCGAUCCCUUGUUCUUCUACGCACUCUCAAUCAACAGCGAGGAGCUCUGCCUCUUCGUCGAUGGAUGGUUUGCUGCCACCAUUACUCUCCUGCGAUUCAUUACUGAUGCAGUGCAUUUAUGGAAUAUGUGGUUGAAGAUGAAGACAGUAUAUCACAUGAAAAAAAGCAAUAAAAAGGAAGAUGGAGUGGUUGAACCGAAUGUUCAGAAUUCAAAAAUGAAGUCUCAGAGGGCGGCCAUGAACUAUUUGAGAUUGAAAAAGGAGUUCUUUUUUGAUCUCUUUGUCGUCCUUCCAAUACCUCAGGUUGUUCUAUGGGUGGCAGUACCAGCUCUGAUAGAACAAGGCUCCACCAUGUGGGUUAUGACCAUCUUCUUAAUCAUGUUCCUCUUCCAAUAUCUACCCAAGAUCUACCACUCUGUAUCCUUCCUUCGACGGUUGCAGAACUCAUCGGGAUAUAUUUUUGGAACAAUCUGGUGGGGAAUUGCUCUCAACCUGAUUGCCUAUUUCAUAGCAUCUCAUGCAGUGGGAGCUUGCUGGUACUUGCUAGGAAUACAAAGAGCCACAAAGUGUCUGACAGAACAAUGCAGUGCUGUACAAGGCUGCUUGUUGCAGGCCUUGGGAUGUAUUGAUCCCAUAUACUAUGGAAGCACCACUGAUAUUAGAGAGAAGACGAGACUGAUAUGGGCUAACAGCACCAGAGCUACAGAGAAUUGUUUGGGUAACAGUGGAAACAACUACAGCUAUGGAGCUUACAGAUUGACAGUUCUUAUAGUUGCAAACACAAGCCGUGUGGAGAAGAUACUCCUCCCUCUUCUAUGGGGCUUGAUGACCCUAACCACCUUUGGUGGAGCUCUUGUGAGCACAACAGAUUGGCUUGAGAUCAUCUUCAACAUUGUGGUGAUAACAAGCGGCCUCAUAUUAGUGACAAUGCUAAUUGGAAAUAUCAAGGUGUUCUUGCACUCAACUACUUGCAAGAAGAAGACUCUGCAUAUGAAGAUGAGAAGCAUGGACUGGUGGAUGAGGCAGCGGCAGCUGCCGAAGAGCAUUCGGCAGCGUGUGCGACAGUACGAGAGGCAACGAUGGGCGGCCAUGAGAGGCGUUGAUGAGUGCAACAUGAUAAGUAAUUUGCCACAGGGACUUAGAAGAGACAUUAAGUAUCAUCUCUGCCUUGACCUUGUCCGUCAGGUGCCUCUGUUUCAGCACAUGGAUGAGCUAGUGCUGGAGAACAUUUGUGACAGGGUGAAGUCUCUGGUCUUUCCUAAAGGAGAAACUAUAACGAGGGAAGGAGAUCCAGUCCAAAGAAUGAUCUUCAUCGUUCGCGGCCACCUUCAAAGCAAGCAGCUACUUCGCGAUGGCUUACAAAGCUGCUGCAUGUUAGGUCCCGGCAACUUCAGCGGCGACGAGCUCCUUUCAUGGUGUCUUCGCCGCCCCUUUGUGCAUCGUCUUCCUCCUUCGUCUUCCACGCUGAUCACGCUGGAGACCACGGAGGCCUUCGGGCUCGAAGCCGCCGACGUGAAGUACGUCACGCAGCACUUUCGGUAUGUUUUUCUGAACGAAAGGGUGCGGCGGAGCGCGCGGUAUUAUUCGCCGGCGUGGCGGACGUGGGCGGCGGUGGCUAUACAGUUGGCCUGGCGGAGCCAUAGGGUGAUGGUGGUGGCUGGUUCAGGUUCCGGUUCGGGGUGUAGGGGUUAUGCUCGACCGAGGCGGCCGGCGUCGAGGUGUGCGUCGCCGGGGGAGGAGCGGCUGCGGCAUUAUGCGGCGAUGUUGACGUCGCCGAAGCCGCAAGCGGAGGGUUUUUAUUGAUAUCUUCAUUUGUGUUUGGGUAGUUUGUGAAUCCAAUG